AUGGCGCCCACACGAAAGUCAGCAGCAGAGCCGUCUCGUCGCAGCGAGCGCGUGCAGCUCUCCAAUGCGAUCAAGGUCUCCGAGCAGGAAGCCAAACUGAAGGCGGGAGUCACUAAGAAGAAGCGCUUUCGACGUCCAAGACAACGAGUCGGCUGCAGACUGCUCAAGCUUCCUGGAGAGAUACGCAACAGCAUCUACCGAUUUUCCCUCGUCGAACCGGAGAAGCUGGACAUCAAACCCGACGGUCCUGGCGAGCCAUCAUUGCUCCGUGUCUGCAAGAGUAUCCGUAAUGAAGGACGUUCAAUCUACUAUGUCGAGAACCGAUUCAAUUUGCUGCUCAACGACUUCAAUGGUGCCGACUUUACUCCAUUCUUGCGACAGUCCAAUCGCUUUUCCCGCCAACCUGCCAAGUACGAUAAUGUCAUUUUCGAUAUGAAUGGCCAUGCGAACUGGGACAAUCUGGUGAAGUGGAUCAAAGCAGAUCACACGGAAACUCCCAUGCGACCAGAUACCGAAGGCCCAGUCACGCCCAAUGAUCACGUCUUGGCUGGUGCCUUUGGCCUUGCCAAACUGAUGGUGUUUCUCCCGUGGUCGAUGCUUAAGGAGGCGCUGGGCUUUUACCGCAAGUCGUUGGUACUUACGCCGUGGGGCGAGGACUGGGAUGAUGUCGAUUGA